AUGUUUAAUUACGAUCAGUGUCCGUCAGUAUUCACCAUGAAACACAAUUUGGUCGCCCACCAAAAAAAACAUAUGGGUGUACGUUUUCCAUGCACUGCUUGCCCAUUAACAUUCUCCUACAAAACCGGGCUCAACAAACAUAUAAAGAAUAUUCAUGGUAUCGACAACGUUCCGGCUCAUUUGAGACCAAUGCCCGCUGCGCCGAUCACCGCUCAACCAGCACGACCAAGCGUCAUUCAGUUCGCGCCUCUUGCCGCUCCGCAGAGAGAUAUUCAAAUCGCGCAAUACAAUGAUUUAUUCAGACUUUCUUCGACCCCUCAUGACUGA